AUGGCGUCCUCCACGUCCCAUCCUCUGGAACAGCGACCCGUCCCCGCGCCGUCGAACCCCGUCCUCCUGUCGAAACAGGCCCAAUGGCUCUUCACGGAUGAGGAGCUCACGCGAUCGCCGUCCUUGCUGGACGGGAUGAAGCUGGAGGCAGAACACAUGAGCCGCAGCAAGGGUGUCAAUUUCAUCAUGCAGGUAGGCAUCAUGCUGAAGUUACCGCAGCUCACCCUUGCCACCGCCGCCGUGUACCUGCACCGGUUCUUCAUGCGCUUCAGCAUGGUCGAUCUGCCCCAGCGGCCGGGCAUGCACCCCUACCCCAUCGCAGCCACGGCCCUGUUCCUAGCCACCAAGGUCGAAGAGAAUGUCCGGCGCAUGCGCGAGUUGGUCAUGUCGUGCUGCCGGGUAGCCCAGAAGCAGCCCAAUCUGCAGGUGGACGAGCAGUCCAAGGAAUUCUGGAAAUGGCGCGACACAAUCCUGCACCACGAGGAUCUGCUGCUGGAGGCGCUCUGCUUCGACCUGCAGCUCGAACAGCCCUACCGCAUCCUCUACGACCUCAUCUGUUUCUUCAACGUCAGCGAGCACAAGCCGCUCCGCAACGCCUCGUGGGCCUUCGUCAACGACUCCAUGUUCACCCCCCUCUGCCUCCAGUUCACGGCCCGCACCAUCGCCGCCGCCGCGCUGUACGCCGCCGCACGGCACUGCGGCUUGGCCUUCGAGGACGACGCCCUCGGCCGGCCGUGGUGGGAGCAGGUAGACGUCGACCUGGCGCAGGUGCGUCGCGCGUGUACGAGAAUGGCGCAGCUCUACGAGAGCAAUGCCUCGCAAAGACAUAGCCAGUACUACCCGACCACCCCUAUCAUCUCGGACGAGGGCGCUGAGAAGACCAGGAUCCCGCACACGGGCAGCCCCUCCGCUUCUUCUUCUCUUGGUGCGCCAACGACGGCGACGGCGGACGGCGCCGUCAACGGACGAAAACGGUCCAGGGACCCUGAAGACAGGAGUGCCAGAGAUCACCCUUCUGAACAUGCCCCUGGUCCUUUGAACGGGGACCGCUCUCCCAAACGUCAGCGGAUGGGCUCGUCUUCCGAGGCUCCUCCCCAUUCCUCUUCUUCUUCCUUCUCCCAUGAUCGAUACCCACCCAUCAACGGCCAUCCUCCUGCUCCCUCUUCUUCCUCUCACCGCAUUCCCCACUCCCACCCCCACCACGAGAGUGACUCCCACCCCAGCUCAACAUCCCAAGGCGCAAGACGACCCAUGGACCCAAUCCAGCGCCAAAUCGACGAGAUCGUCCAACGAAACCUUUCUCACGGGGAGACCGAGACCGAGAUCGAGAUCGAGACAGGGACUACGACCGAGACUCCUCAAGACGCGUCCCAGACCGAUAUCGCAGAAGCGGAAGCGGAGGCGGCCCAGACUGGGACUACGACGACCGAAGCCGCCGCCGACGGUCCUCAACUGGCGGACGAAGAGGGUCGUCUUCAUUCGAUGACCAUGUCUCUGCUACAUCCGGUGGACAUCAUCCACCACCAUCACCACCACCACCUCCUCCUCCUCCCUCGUCCGGCCCACCAACGGAUACGCCUCCUCCGCCGCCACCACCACCACCACCAUCACAGCAGCCACAGCCACCUCCAGCACCACCGGAGGGAGGAGCAGAUGCAGAUGAAGAACUUCCUUGUGCCGCUGCUCUGCUUGACGGCCACGUCGUCCGCGUUAGCAGUUUCUCCCGAUAACACUGCUGUUGAAGAAAGUGGACUGCAGAAGAGAAACCCAGUGGCUAUCGUUGGAAUGUUUAUUGAGUUGCUUCGGGGUACCCAGAUCAUCGGACGAACCAAGGGUCGCUUGAAUAAAGUGGGCGGCGGCCCGGCCAGCCCUUAUGAGGCAGAGUCUGGGAAUUGUCUGAUGUACAUCUCUACCCAGGGUGGGGGAAAUUGCAACGUGAAUACAACUCCUGGUAAGAGCACUGGGCUAGACGCAGAUCCUACUAAGCAUGAUGGAGACUGGAAUGUCUGCUGGUGGGAUGACAAGGCCAAAAUGUCUGGAAGACAAUUCUUUACCGACCCUGGUAUUGGCAAAUACAGUAUUGUCUUCACAGCCAAGGAUCAGGACAUAGUAAAUGAGGAGAUUGAAGGGACUGAAGCCUGUGGUGGAGAGGGUAUUUGCAAUCCUCAAGUUACCUUUUACCGGGAUGGAUAUAAUAUUGUUCUGAACACCUGGCAAUCCGACGCUGGGGAUGUGAAUAUGGAGUAUGGUCAGGGACUAUGCUCAGGCGGUGUCACUGAUGCAUAUAAGAAGGGCGGUAUGGAAUUUGGGUAUACCUGUGCUGUGCCUUGCGAGGGUGACGAGGGUCUUCCUGAUGAUUCGCGCUUUUAA